AUGAAGCUCGUUGUCGAUGAGCUCUACCGGUCACGGAUGCUGAUGGCCGGCGUGUAUGUGGGCCUUGCCAUCAGUUCCACCUACGGCUUCAGCAUCUUCACGGAACACCUGCGCAAUAAGUACAGCUUCAAUCAGGCCGACAUCACGACAAUCAGCACCGUAGGAAACUGCUGCGGCUAUCUUGUCUUCUUUGCCGGCAUGAUGUUCGACUACGCAGGCCCGAAGGUGCUGUUCCCCAUUGCCGGCACUCUGGGCUUUCUCGGCUACCUUCUCUUUGGUCUCGCUUUCGACGAUGUUAUUACGAGCAAGAGCAAAGAAGUGGCCCUCGUCCAGUUUUGCAUUUUUAACGCCAUCUUGUACUUCGGGUGCCCAGCUAUGGACGUGGCAACGCUGAUACCGCUCAUGGUAAACUUUCCACUGGAGCGUGGGUACAUGGUGAUCAUCCAGAAGACCUUCUCUGGUCUUGGCACAUCAGUGCUCAUGGCAUACUUCAACGGCUGGUUCCUUAACCUGGAGGCGAAGAACGCAAGCAACUACUCGGGUUAUGCCUACUUUGUCGGCGCACAGAUUCUCUUUUGCUCCCUGCUGGGCUGCUACUUAAUCGACGCCGCCCCAUACAUGCCGUGCCAGUUCCGGCGGAAACGCCUCACCAAGGAGCAGGCGGCGGAGCGGCAGGCCACGCUGACCAUCUACGGCAAGCAGCACGCACCCGCACGGCGUCUGUACAUUGGAUGCUUCCUCGUCGGUGUCAACCUGAUCUUUCUCGCCAUCUCCUCGAUCGUGACGGGCUACGUGCCGACCAAGAAGAGCGGUUACAUCGCCAUCUCUGUCCUUGCUGUGGGGCUACUGGUGCUUUUCAGCCUCAUGGCGCUGCCCAUUCAGUUCCUGGGUCGCUACCCCGUUAUCAAGAAGCGCCACCCCGACUUUCCCAGCCUCGGUUACUCGGAUGAUGUGCCGGAGGAGGGGACGGAGACGGAUGCGAGUAGCAAAGCCGGAGCUGCGGGCAAUGGUCAGAUGGAGGAGGCUGAGGCAGAUAACAGCGACGGCGCCAGCAGGGUGCCGACGAUGGGGCAAAAUCCAACGGAUCUGCGGCGUGCUGGCGGCGUAGGCAGCACAAAUGAGGCUGACAUCAAUGCAACGACGGUGACGGGAAGCAAUGAGAUUGCCACGGAGAUGCACAGUUGCAGAGAGGACGAGCCGGCAAGCCCUCGGAAAGCAGAUGCUCCAGAGGGGGAGGAGGUGGACGCUCCUGCGCCGCAGGCGAACGUCACCGGCGUCCCGCAGUACUAUCAGUCGUUCUGGCGCAACCUCCUCACGAUUGAUCUGUGGCUCUUCUGGAUUAGUUUCUUUGGCAUGUGGGGCACCGGCACCGUGAUGCAGAUGAACGCAGCGCAGAUCUACCGCAGUCAGAACUUCGGUGUGUACGACCAGUCCCGCCUCGCUCUCUAUGUCGCCCUCAUUGGUGUCGGUAGCGCUACUGGCCGUAUCACGAGCGGCAUUCUGGACAUGUGGCUCAUCCGGCGCAAGGCGCACUCCACGAACGAGAUCCUGACGACCACCUUUCUUCCAGUUGGUGCGGUGCUGCUGUUUAUAUCCUACCUCCUCUUCGCGGUGAUCCCAGCGGAGGGGCUUGUCCUGCCUUUCCUACUUGGCUCCAUGGGCACCGGUAUGGGCUGGGGCCUCGGUGCUCUAAGCGUGCGCAUCGUCUAUGCAAGGGACAUUGGCAAGCACUACAACUUCAUGUACUCCUCUGGCUUUGUCAGCACCAUCGUCCUCAACCGCUUCAUGUUCGGGGGCAUGUUCGAUAAGGAGGCCAGCCGGCUUGCUACAGCCCCCAACUGCAACCAGCCGUCGUGUGUGCGGAAUCAAAUGUUCAUCCUCAUGGCAGUGAACGUCGUGUCCACCGUUUCGGCCAUCUUGGUGCACUUCCGCUUCCGCCGCUUCGUGCGCCAAGAGCGGGCGAAGCAGGCCGAGGCGACGCUGGCGCUGGAAAGGAAUAACAAGAGCAGCUGCACAACGGAGGACGGGUAA